CUGCUUGAUGAUGUAAUCAAUCAACUUGUCAUCCUUCCACUUUCUGUUUGUUGUGAUCUGCCGACGUUGAUGGAAGCGUCAGCAAAUAAAACAAAAUAUAAUCAGUGAAAUUCAAUUUUCUACAAUAUUGUACAACAUUUUCUAUAUUCUAGAAAUUAUUACAUAAACAAGAUGGCAAAUUUGGAUAUUCCAUGCACAAAAUUCUGCAAUCGUAAGGAACACGGCGAUUUCAUCGUGGCUGCCUUAACCAAACGAGCUGUAAAUGAUAUAGAAUUAUCAGCAUUCCUCAACUACACUUGUGUACUCUGUGGUUCUUCAAAAGAUGUUUAUGGCAGGACAUCUCUGCAUAUGGCUGCAUCCUGUGGCAGGACAGAUGUUUGCAAAUGGUUGGUGUGUCAGAAACAGGCUAAAAUAGAUGAAAAAGAUACUGAAUCUGGAUAUACUGCACUACAUAGAAGCAUAUUUUAUGGAAAAAUAGACACUGUAGUUGCACUAAUCCAAUUAGGUGGUAAUCUCAAAUUAUUAGAUUCUAAUGACCUCACACCAUUGGACCAUGCAAUGUUGGACAACCUAUCACCUCUGGGAGAUGUCUACUCUCCAUUUAUUUAUGUCUGGGGUUCAAACACUAAUUAUACUUUAGGUCCAAAUCAAUCCAGGCAUCAUCCUGAAGCUUUUGACAGUUUUCAUAAAACCUACCCACUUGUGGAACCAAAAGAAGUUUACCUUGAGAAGUUCCACACUUUGAUUCUAAGUAAAAGUGGUGAAGUUUACUCUUUCGGACAUGGACAAGGAGGAAGAUUAGGCGUAGCAAGUGAAAAAACAAUCCUGGAACCUACAGAAAUUAAAUUUACUACAAAUAAUAACGCCAUAUUGAAAAUAAUCUCUUGCGCUAUAGGAAGAGAUCACAGUUUAUUCUUAACCGACUCAAAUGAGGUGUGGUCAUGUGGAUCAAACACUCAUCAUGUAUUAGGGAUUCAUCCACCUCCAGCGCAGUUAUUAACACCUCGUCACAUCACAAAACUCAAGACGAAGAUUGAAGGUAUAGCUUGUGGGAGGUAUCACUCUGUCGCAUGGAACCAGACCAGUAUUUUUACAUGGGGUUAUAACGGUGGGCAACUUGGUCAUGAUUUGAACACCGAAACAAGUCAAAUUGUUCCGAAAAGCGUCAACAUUCACUCAUCUCAAAACAGUAAGAUAAUCUCAGUGGCGGCGAGUGUUGGCGCGACAGCAAUCGCCACAAAUCGCGGAGAUGUUUAUAUUCUACACGAAUAUCAAUGCAGGAUGAUUGCGUCAAAAAUCUUAGAUAUAAUAUCAGUUAGUAUCUACGGUGGAAAAAUAGCUGGACUUGAAGAGAAGCGAGAAGAUUUACGAGUUUUAGCACUGACAAAAACCGGGAAUAUUUUGGUAUGGCAGGAAACUGAUCCGCAAUUAUGCAGAUGUACGUUUUCUUUGAAUAGAUUAUUAAAAGUGCGACAAGUAUGCUUGAACGCAUAUGGUUUAGUUUUCAUAACUGACGAGAGGGAAGUUUUUAAUGGAAAAUUCAAAGCACGUAAAAAGAAAACAAUACAGACUGGAAAGAAACAUUUUAAUCACUUUUUGGAGCGUACUGCAUGUGUAACAGUGCAGAUUGAGAAGGUUCCUAGAAUUUACGGUGCCAAUAGUGUUGUAUGCGAUGCAGAAGGACAUAAUUUCGCUGCGAUACACCUGAAUACUUCCACUAUGAUAACUGUGAUUCCAGAAAUAUGUCCGUCGACUAUGUUUGAAGAUUUCGCUAAAAUGAUUAAUAACACAGGUGAUGUUGAAUCAGAUGUGACUUUUAAAGUGGGAAGUCGAAUAUUUCCUGCACAUAGAUACAUCCUGCGUGCUUCCAGUGAUAAAUUAAGCAAAAUGGAGGCUGGUGGUGACCACGUGGUGAUUACAAACGUCGAACCGGAAAUCUUCCAUGAAAUUAUACAAUAUGCUUAUACAGGCACAUGUAGUAUGCUCAAAGAAGGACCAAUACCACAAGAAUUGGCAAAGUUUAAUAAAACGAAGAAGAAAAUCAACAUAAAAAGCAAUGAAAAUAAUUCUACACAAAAAAAUAAAAGUGCUUAUGAAGUUUAUUCACAAGAAAAGAAGCAAACUAAUGUAACAAAAACACAAAAUGAAAUAAACGACCCGUUGAGAUUGUUACAGGAAGCAGCAAAGAAACUAGGCAUCAAUUCGCUGUACAAAGAUCUAAAUCUGUUUGAAAUAUCCGCGGGCAGCAUAAAAUUGAAAAACGACAAGUUUUGUAGACCCAGAAUGUUGAAAUACAAUCGCGCAGAUUUUCCUGAGUUGCAUGACGUGCGUAUCAAGGCAACCUGCGGAAGUUACGUCGAAGCACACAAGUGUAUCCUAGCAGCGCGCAGUGAAUUCUUCUCCAAUAUGUUUUCAAUGCGUUGGUUGCAAUCCUCCAAUCAAAAAACAACGGAAAUUGAACUGCCGUCUAACAUCGAUUGCAUUCGACACUUAAUAGAUUAUCUCUACACAGACCAAGUUGACUUAGAACAAGAUGAAGCAGAUCAAAUCUUAAGUCUAUUGAUUUUAGCGGAUCAUAUUUUACUGGAUCGACUAGUUGAAGUUUGUGAAUUCGCCGUGAGUAAACUAAUAACAAUCAAAAAUGUUUUACGCUUGAUGACAAUUGCGGAUAUGUAUAACUCCACGCAGUUGAAAGAAACCUGCAUGGAGUACGCAUGUUUGAAUCUAGCGCUGUUGUUGGAAACGAGACAUUUGGAGCAAUUAGACGAUGAACUGUUGAAGGAUCUGACCAAGUUCUAUGAGAACUGGAACGCGAAGAUGCACCACCGCGUCAUCACGCCGUACAGUGACGCAGUGUGCGAUAAGAUGAUCGCGGCGGUGAGUGCAAAGUAUCCGGUCAAAAUGGACUUCAAUGAAAUUAUCAGCGUGCAAAAGCAGAAGGCGCAUCGCCGGCGGAAUCGUACACAUCGCACGAGCAGCACGAGUGUCAGCGUCAGCGAUAGCUCAAAUCUUCCAUUGGAAGUAUCACAGAAUGAUGAGGUGGACUUUGAACUGAGUAAAAGAUUGCAGGAGCAGAUGGAGAUCGAAAGGAGUGUGCCUGUGAGAAUCAAAGCGAUAUCACGGGCGCAUGAGAGGAUUAAUGAUGUGUUUGAUGAGGAUGAUUUUGUUAAUUUAUCACUGGCGUCGGCGAAAGAGUUUCCUGAUUUGAGUUCGUCCAUUGGUAGUCCUCCAGUGGAUAGGGGGAGUUAUCAAAGGACUCCGAAACAAAAGGGGAAGAUGACUAGAUUGUCACAGAAAGAAAGAAAAAGGUUAACGUCGGAAUCAUCGCCUGUUAUACAAGAAAUUGAAGCAGAGAGUCCAAAAAAUCCCUGGAACAUGAAUUUUGAAACUUCUAGUCCUGUUAGUUCCCACAUUGGAAGUAUCAUCACCGAAGAGAAGAAACAAAGAGAAAAUCUUAGUAGAAUUAAGAGUAAACUUUUAAUUUACACACAGAUCGAAGAUAAAGCUCUGGAUGAUUUGAAGAAAUUCUACAACGUUGACAAUGUAUUCGACGAAGUCAUAGAAAUCUCCCGGGUGGAUUGCGGGCAAAUAGCGGCGCCCUUAUGGAUCCAGAAAUAAAUUACAAAUAUAAAUUACCUCAAUCAAGCUCAAACACAAAUAGUUAUACAACUAGUACUCCGAAAUGUCGUUGACAUGUCUCAAGUACACACCACACGCAACGGUCAUUAGUUCAUGUCGUGCUUGCCGAAUUUGUGUCUAUUAUUUAGUAAGCACACUGAAUAAAUAAACAGCGCGAGCGGAAACCGAGCGAUUUGCGUGCGGGCGCGCAGAAAACAUAUUUUGAUGCCAGUCGGGCGAAAACAAACACCAAGGGAGGAUUUGUGUUUGACUGAUGAUUAGUAGCGGUAAAUGUUUGUGCAUAUUUGCAUUGUAUGCAUGCAGUAAACAAUUAUGCGUUUGUUUUUGAGUUGGAAGUGAAGUGAGGGUGUUUGUGUGUUGAUUUGGAGAUGAAAAUGGAUUGUACAAAUUUAUUGUGAUAUAUUUAUUUGUAUCUUGACAUAAUAUAAAUAAUACAGAGAAAGAAAAU